AACAGCCGGAAGUCAUUCAAUUCAUAGCCAUGAUACGGAGUAUUUGCUAAUGUACACCACUAGCUACAAAAUAAUGUGUUCGGCGUUGUAAAUACCACAAUGUCUGUCUUUAAUCUCAACGUUUUGAACAAUAAAUUCAAUCUAAGCUCCUAACUUUACGUAUCGAUGCACGGCACGAUAGUUGUGUAACGCUACUUCAGUCGUUAGCGGUGAGGGACAGCGACGAGCAAUGACUGCUGGAGGGAACAGCCGUCAUCCUGGGCCAUGUCUGCUGGUGCUCGCCAUCUUUCUCCUAAUUCUGACUGACUCUGUGGUGGAAACCACCUCUGGACACAAUCCCUAUCAAAUCCUGGGUGUCAGCAGGAGCGCCAGUCAGGCAGAAAUCAAAAAAGCAUACAAGAAUCUUGCCAAAGAAUGGCAUCCGGAUAAAAAUAAAGACCCCAAUGCAGAAGAUAUGUUCAUUAAGAUUUCAAAGUCAUAUGAGAUUUUAUCCAAUGAGGAGCGAAGGGCCAAUUUUGACCGCUAUGGGCAGAUGGAUGAAAACCAACCAUUUGGCCAGUCCCAACAUCAUGGCUUCCGGAGCUUCCGUAAUGGUUUCUACUUCGAUGAGUCCUUUUUUCAUUUCCCCAGGUCCAGGGAUUUUGCAGACAGCAAAUACCUGCUCCACCACGCUCAGUUUAACAGCGAUGUCCUCCCAGACAGCCACAAAAGGCCCUACCUCAUCAAAGUGACCUCGGAGUGGUGCUUUGCGUGCAUCCACAUCGAGCCUGUGUGGAAGGAGAUUGUGCAGGACUUGGAGCCACUGGGUGUGGGCAUUGGGAUUGUCGAUCUGGGUUAUGAACGUCGUCUGGCCAACCAACUGGGAGCUCACCGCGCUCCCUCCAUCAUCGGACUGGUGAACGGCAGAGUGACCUUCUUCCAUCAAUCCAUUGUUCGAGAGUACCUGCGGCAAUUCAUUGAGGACCUCCUGCCCCAGAAGCUAGUUGAAAAGAUUACUGAUGACAACUACCAGCAGUUUCUAGGUAGCUGGCAUGUUGAGAACAAGCCCAGUGUUCUUUUGUUUGACCAAGUUGCCAACGUUCCUCUCGUCUACAAGUUAACAGCAUUUGCAUUCCGAGACUAUGUUCAUUUUGGCUACGUGGACCAAGGCGACACACACAAUAUCCAGCUCCUGCGGCAGUUCCACAUAAACUCGUACGCCCCCACCAUGUUGCUAUUCAAAGAAGACACUGAAAAUCCAGUGGACAUCAUCCAGGCGAGAGGAAUGAAGCGGCAGAUCAUGGACGAGUUUGUUUCCAACAACAAGUUCCUGCAAGUUCCCCGUUUGGUCAACCAGGAGCUGUUUGACGAGCUGUGCCCCGUUAAGCAAUUUCACAGACGAAGGAAAUACUGUGUGCUGCUAAUCACCAGUGAGGACCAAGCUUUUCUCCCCGGGAAUAAGGCCUUCUUGGACUUUGCCACCGCUAAUAAAAAGGAGGUGCUGCGCUUUGCAUAUGUCUACCACAGUCAGCAGCAGCCUCUCUGCCAGGCUCUCCUUCCCAACCAGGUUGUCCUCUCCCCCCAGGUGUUGAUUCUCGAGAGGCGCAGCCCGUCUGGCAAGGUGCUGUACCGUUCUGUAAUUGGUGGCUGGAACGGCAGCGAGGAGGAGAAGUACCGCCUCCUUGAGCAUCUGGAGCUCGUUCAGAAGGACCCCACGUAUCUGACCUCUGACGCCACCCUGCCAGAGCUCAACAACGAGAUGGCACCUAUUUUUCUCAUUCAAUGGUUGAAUACUGCUUAUGAUUACAUCCUGCAAGUUUAUGAUGACCUUCUCUACUCCAACUGGCGAGAGAUGAUGCCCAUCCUGUCGUUGAUCUUCUCGGCUCUCUUCAUUCUUUUUGGGACUGUCAUCAUCCAGGCCUUCAGUGAACCAGGUGAGAGUGAACCCCGGAAACAAGCACCAAAGGAGCAACCUCACACUGAGCAGGAUACGUCAAACAGAGCCAAUACCUCAAGCCGUCCCCCCAAGAAGGAUUUUGUGGAGGUCACAGAGCUGACGGACGUCACGUACAUCAGCAACCUGGUCAAGCUGAGGCCCGGCCACAUCAACGUGGUACUGGUGCUGACCAAUGCAUCAAAGAAUGCGUUGCUGCGCAAGUUUGCCAAGGAGGUCUUUUCUUUCUCAGGAACUCAGACCAUCCACUUCUCCUUCCUCAACGCCGACAAGCAUCGUCAUUGGAUGCCAACUCUUCUCCACUCGGCGGCGGACACUGCACGCACCCGUUGCCAUUCCGACGAGGACGAGGAUUCUUCAGACUACACCGGCCAUGUCUUGGCGCUUAAUGGCUACAAGAAAUACUUUUGCCACUUCAGGCCCGUCUUCACAGGAGAUGAUCCUCGCGACGCCUCGUCCGUCUCAGAGACCUCGUUUUCUGAGAGCAGGAGAACGUCCCGCUCGAGGUCGAGGUCCAGCUCAGACUCUCGAUCCCGAUCCCAUUCCAGAGAAAACGUAUCGGGCUCCAAGAGAGGGUCGAGUAGAGCCACAAGCAUCGAGGUACACCACAAGUUAGACCGACUGGGACUGUGGAUGGAGAGGCUCAUGGAGGGUACUCUGCCCAGGUGGCAGGUCCCUUCCUGGCCUUUCCUCCAUGAUGCCGACAACCUCGCCGCUGAGAGCUGAAGUCGGCGUUACUACGGUAGCCGUCACCCUUAGUGGUCUUGCUUUCUUAUGAAGUUAACCCCAAGUUUUCUUUGUGCCUGUUCAGACCUGGCCUUUGCUGGAAAACCCGGGAGCAUUUCAAACAUUUGGGACGCUUUGAUUUGCAUGCAACACUAUUAAGAUGUGUUUGUUUUUGUGGCACACCGGGCACAGGCUUCUGUGUGAUGGGCGUCAUACGGGACACAUGCUAAUGCCACGUCUGAACAAGCCUUUUGGCGCAAGUAGGUUUCAGCACCGAGCUAUUGCGUUUAUUGCUCACGAAAAGGCCAUCACGGGUCUUAGAACGCUUAAUUGUGCAUGUUAAUGAGCUGUAGUCGAGCGUCUAAACACGUUUAGAGGCAAAUGCAAAUUCUAACCCGUACGAUAGCUCUUCAUGAACGUCAAAAGGCACAGCUGGAAGGGAUUUUUAAAAGUAGUUAACCAUUUCAAGCCUUAACUGUCAAAGCAGUGAAAGAUUUACUUUAUUAUAAAGCAUGGGAUAAGAACAUCAACCACAAACAAGCGUAUAGCUCAUUUGCACUGGAUACUGUCUUUUUAUUCCAUAAUUAAAUAAUUAGCUUCUGGAAAAAAAAAUAAUUGCAUUACACUGUAACUCAUGUUUUGUUGUUUAUGGCAUUUAAUGAUCUAGUGCUUCUUUAUAAACUAUUUAUUAAAAUGUGUGCAUAUUGUUUUGAUAUGUGUCCUUUAUUCUAUUAUAAACUAAUAAAUGUUUGUUUCUGUCA